AUGGCGUCCCCGGCAGGCGGCGGGGGCCCGGCGGUAUCAGUUCUGGCCCCGAACGGGCGGCGCCACAUGGUGAAGGUGACGCCGAGCACCUUGCUUUUGCAGGUCCUGGAGGACACGUGCCGGCGGCAAGACUUCAACCCCUGUGACUAUGACCUGAAGUUUCAGAGGAGUGUGCUUGACCUCUCCCUCCAGUGGAGGUUUGCCAACCUGCCCAACAAUGCCAAGCUCGAGAUGGUGCCCACCUCCCGGAGCCGAGAGGGGCCUGAGAACACGGUCCGCAUUGCCUUGCAGAUGGAUGAUGGGACUCGGCUGCAAAGCACCUUCUGUGCAGGCCGCACGCUCUGGGAACUCCUUCAGCACUUCCCUCGCACCAGGGAGCAGUUGGAGCAGCUGAGUGAGCUGCCCCCUACCUGUGUGUACAUGAGAGAUGAGGUGACCGGCGUGGCUGCCUUGCAGAUGACGACAUUGCAGUCACUGGGCCUCACCGGAGGCAGCGCCACCAUCAGGUUUCUGGUGAAGCCGAGCAGCUCAUCCGGCAGGCCCGAGCCCUCGGGUGCCAGGAGCAGAGCCCCGGGCAGCCCGACACUGUCUGCUUCUGCUGACCAGGCCACUGGCCACCCUGCACUUCCCCUGGAUGCUGGGGAGCUCAGUGGAGGGGAUCUGAGCCGCCCAGAGGAUGAAGGCCCCUGUGGGACUGGCCACGCACAUGGUCAGGGCCCAAAACUAGUGGACCAUCCGCCACAGCUGAACACGAAGGCACCCUCGCCGAUCCCCUUUGUUCCCUUCUCGGGCGGGGGCCAGCGCUUGGGGGGCCCUCCCGGGUCUGCGUGUCCCCUGACAUCACCGCCUACCAAAUCGCCCAAGACCGUCUCCAACCUCAGCGGCCCGUCUGAGCCUAAGAAGUCCAAGCCAGGCUCCGAGUGCCCGCAGGAACCUGAGCCGCCUGUAAACCGAGACCCCGUCGUGUGCCACCCUGACCUGGAAGAGCUGCUGCAGGCCUGGCCCCCGGAGCUGCCCGAUGAGUUCUUCGAGGUGACUGUGGACGACGUGCGGCAGCGUCUGGCCCAGCUCAAGAGUGAGCGGAAGCGCCUGGAAGAAGCCCCCUUAGUGACCAGGUCCUACCGCGAGGCACAGACCAAGGCGAAGCUGGAGCGCUACCCCAAGGUGGCCCUGCGGGUCUUGUUUCCUGACCGCUAUAUCCUACAGGGCUUCUUUCGGCCCAGCGAGACAGUGGGAGACCUCCGGGACUUUGUGAGAAGCCAUCUGGGGAACCCCGAACUGAACUUCUACUUAUUCAUUGCCCCACCAAAGACCGUCUUGGGUGACAACACGCUGACUCUCUUCCAGGCAAACCUCUUCCCAGCUGCCCUUGUGCACUUUGGUGCGGAGGAGCCUUUGGACCUUUACCUGGAACCCAGACUGCUGGACCAUGCCAUCUCCCCGUCCUCGGCCGACAUGCUGGUGGCCAGGUGCAUGGCCAGGGCUAUGGGAACCUCACCUUGCUUGCCUGUCACCCCUGAGCCUGGACCCAUGGAACCUGAGCAAGGCACUGAGCCGACCCUGGACCCUCCUGAGCCUGCCCCGGGGCCAGCCCAGCCCGUGCAGAAAAGCACGGGCAAGGUACCCAAGUGGUUGAAACUCCCAGGUACCUGGGGAGUGGGGGACAGGGCCGGGGGACAGCGAGCCGACAGGAGCCUGGGCAGUGACACUCAUCCUGACUGUUUGCAGCUGGCAAGAGGUGAAGACCCGGACCCAGAGGAACCUGCCCAGCCCCCACCCUGA